AUGCUUGUUUUUCGUGUAGAAACCGACACUGAUCACAUCAAGAUUACGCCUUCUCAAAGUAGCCUUCAUGCUCUGACCGUCUGCCACCGUGAGAGGCCCUAUACCAACGUCGACUAUGCUCCAAACAAGUGGCACUCCAUUUGCACAACCUGGGACUGGAGCUCUGGUCUGUUACAGUUGUGGUUGAACGGGCAGCCACUGACCAAGAAAUACAUCAACGGAAAUGCCAUCAUUGUUUUGGGACAGGAGCAGGACUCUCACGGUGGAGGAUUCGACAUCAAACAGUCUUUUCAGGGGAUGUUGACCGACGUUCACAUGUGGAACUACGUCCUCUCCACCUGUGAGAUCCAAAGCUACAUGAAGGACCAGUUCUACACUCCGGGGAACGUAGUCACCUGGAAAGCUCUGGAUUUUGCCAUCACCGGGAAUGUGCAGAUCGAAGACAAGCAAACCAGCUGCAACAAUUAG